GACCCACGCCAACCGCCAUCUUGAGCGCCGCAUAAACAUUGAAGCCCGGCUACAAGCUAUCGAGCCGUUAUUAAACGAUUUUGUGUUUGUAUACACGAGAGUAGCUUAAACCAUGGCUGAUACUAAGGAAAAAGUUGUUGCAGAUUCCGCAGUAGAAAAUUCAAAAGAGGAAGAUCCUAAAGCUGAUCCAGAGGUUGAAGAAAUGAAUGAGAAACCUAAGCGAGGUCGCCCCUCACGAGGGAAGAAGUCCAAUAUAGCUAAGGUUCAAGAAGAGGCUGAAAGUAUUACCAGAGGGCUUCCUGGAACAGAAGUGGAAGGACGUAGAAUGACCCGUUCCUCAGUCCGAGGUGCCACAACACCUGUGACACCUUCUCCUCCCCCCAAGAGGGAAAGAAAGAGUGCUGGCGCCAGUGGUGGCGGAGGUAGAGGUGGUAAAAGAGGGAGACAACGAAAAAUAGCAAAGGAAGAGGAAGAAGAGGAGGAGGAGGAGGAGUUGGAAGAAGGUGAAAAGAAGGCAAAGACACCUAAGAAAUCAGAGGAAAACGGUGAUGAUAAUCAUGAAGAGGAAAACUCAUCUAAAUCUGACAAAGCAGAUGAAAAGAAGGCAGAGGAGGAAAAGAUGGAUGUAGAUGAUGCAAAGGAUGAAGAGGUCAAGGAAGAUGCAUCCAAACCUGACAAAGAGGAAGAGUUAAAGACAGUAGUCAACAACUCAGAGAAAGAAAUUGCCCCUGAAGCUGAUGAAAAGGAUGAUGUGUCAGCAGAGAAGACCAACGAUUCAAGUGAAGUUAAUAAUGUUGAUUCUAAGGUGGAUGGCGAAAAAACACCAAUUGAGAAGUCAGUAAAUGAGAACUUAAUUGCUGAAAAAACUGAUGGAACUGAGAGCAGUGAGAAAAGUGAAGAGGCUGCACCAGCCAAAGGUGUUGCCCAAGAACCAGAAAAUAUUCCUGUAUCUGUUUCACAGUAAUUCUUUUGUAGAGACAUUUAUCAUGAGUGGCCAGCUAAUCCGACUUCGGUCAGAGUGUUUUAUCAUCUCAGUCUGGUUUCGCCUCUUGAGCAUUCUAUUUUAAUUCCCAAAACCUAUAAUUGAUCACUGUAGCUAAAUGUAAAUCUGGUGGAUGUUUAAGAAUAUCUUUGUCCUGUUCUUAUUAUGAUAAUUGUGUUUGGUUCAUCAGUUGUCAGUCAAGUUUUUGCAUCACUAGUUAUUUCAGGUGGCACACCUUUAUUCAAAUUGUGUGAUGUGUCAUGAAUGGCUUUUCUCUUUGCAAUUAUAGUUUUUGUAAGUAACACCAGAUAGCCCUCUUGUAGCAUGAUAGUUAUGUGAAACUAAAUGCCUGCACAUUGUUCUGUAGUGUUUAUGUACAUAUUUACAUAUAAUCAAUACACUGUCUCUUGCUUUGCCUUCACAAGUUUUUGAAAAUGCAGUUAGUGUGCUGAAUUUCCAGUACAUUGAUAGUCACUGAUGAAUCUAACAAAAGUAUCCCACAAAGGUGUAUUUAAACAUGAGAGACCAGCAACUCUGAGUUUAGUAAAGCUCUUACAAGUUGUUGCUUCAACUUGUUAGUUUCCUUUAAGGAUUUAGAACCUGUGAUUUCUUAUCCUUUUCUUAUGUUCAGUUAUUGACUUCCUUCCACUCCUAAGAGAUGGUCCAUAACUAAGUUUACCUGUCCUGUGUUUGUUGGUAAUCUUUUUUUUGUAUCUCUUGCUUGUGUAUACAAUACACAUCCGUGUCUUAAUUUUAAUGUACUAUUGUGAUUUAUUGAGAGACUAAUUUCAAUGUUUUGGACCAUGUGGAGUUCAAAUCUUAUGAACUGGUACAGUAACUUUUUGGGAAGUACACCAUUUAGAGCAAAGCAAAAUGUGUAGUGUUCAUAAUGAUAACUCUUUUAUUUUAUGUUGAAAAACUUUAUGAACAGCACAUUGGCUUUUUUAAAAUCUUAUUUUUACUAUGUUAAACUCCAGCUAGUGACUUUUCUGAAAAAUGCUCAGAACCGAAGCGCUGUUGCUGCCUUUGGGUAAAACAUUGUUGUUUACUCUUAGGGAAGUAAAUUUUAUUGGCAUUCAAAUUUUAAUCCAUACCUGCAAAUUUAAUAGUUAUUGAUUUACCUGAUUAGUGUUGUCUAAAGCAAUGUGUGCGGCAUAAGGUUAAGCAUUGUAUAGAUUUGGAAAUUAAGAAUUUUCCAACCUAUUUGUAUCUUGGUUUUAGUCACUAAGAGUAGUGUGAGGAUGAGAGGGUGCACGAGCAAAUGGUUGUAUUGUUUGUGUGUGAAAUUUUUUUUUUUAUCCCUUCAGUGCAAAUCAUGAUUUUAUCUACUUCAGAUAAAAUUUUGAAAGACAUUGUUUAAUGAAGAAAAAACUUUGUACCUAGUUUUGAAGUCAACUCCUUUUGUAAAUAUUGAUUUAAAGUUUUAACUAAACAAAUAUACUGACUUCUAAGUCUAA